GUGACCGGCUGUGGGCGUGCCCGGCCCCAGCUUUCCAACCAGAGCCCUCUGCUGUGGGCAGAGCAGUCGGCCGUUGGAAGUCGGAGCGGACUAACUGGAAUCUGCUUCUGUCUGAAAAGGGGACACCAACUACUUCAUGCCAACAUUGAGGGAUCUGAAGAUUUAGAAAACGCAGAUGUGGCCAUGAGGAACCCUUCUGCCAGCGCCCUCGAGUUUUUCUGCCCACUCUGUCCUCACGUGGUCGCGCCGGCCUCUCAGGAGCUUCUGGGUUGGGAGCUUCCGGAAAACCAGAGGCCCCGCAACGGCAGAUGCAUGUCCGAGGGGCCCAAAGCCCUCCUCCGGGUGGUGGUGCCGCUGCUUCUCGUGGGGUGCCUGGCGGACGCAGGUUUUCUGGAAGUGGUGAUGCCAGGAAAGCCUCAGAUAGCACCACUGAAUGGCAAUGUCACAAUCUCCUGCAAAGUCCCCGGCUGCCCCAGGCUGGACACCAGGAUUAUGGGAGUUACCUGGUAUCGGAAGGAUCCUGUGUCUGAAGCAGAGGUCAAGGUGUUUGAGCUUUAUGGAGACUGGCAAAAGGCAUUCCGACCUGGGGCCCUGGUGUCUCCACAGAGGCUGAAGAGGGGUGACGCCUCACUCCAGCUGCCUGGGGUUGGGCUGGGGGAUGCAGGAGAAUACCGGUGUGAGCUGACGGUCACCCCUCAGAAGGCAGAAGGAAGGGUCUUGCUGAAAGUUCUCGCUAAGCCAGACAGCACAGUGAAGGAAACCAUGGUGAAAAGUAAUGACAGACAGCUCGUGUGUCAGUCAAGUGGAUUCUUCCCAGAAGCCAUAAACAUAACAUGGGAGGAGUGGACCCAGAAGGUUUCCCAGGACCAAAGGAUUUCCAAGGACAUCUUUACUGGUCCCACCAUCAAGAAUGAGGAUGGUACAUUUAAUAUCACCAGCUACUUGAAACUCAAUGCCUCUCUGGAAGACAGUGGCACCAUCUACCAGUGUGUGGUGGGGCACACAUCCUUGAACGCCCCCCAGAGGCUGAACUUCACACUGCCUGUGAGAGAAGCUGAGAAGAUACCUCUAUAUUUAGUCCAUAUUGGACUCAUUAUUAUUGGGUGUUUUGCUGGAUUGAUUUUAAUAAUGUGUUAUUUAUUUUGGAGAAGAUGCUAUUGUUAUAAAGCAACAUCCAGCAAUGAAACUGAAGAAGAAAACACAGUCCUGAAUGUGUGGUACUUUACACACAUGACUCCAAUCCUUCACGUGUCUCUAAGUCGCUGUUUGUUGCUGCAUAGCUUUGCAGUGCCCCCAGUCCUGGGCAGUCCCUUGACACUGGGCUCAAACAUGUGCCUUGCUCCACACAAGAAAGUGACUCCAGGCCAGUUCCCAGUUUAGCCAAUGAGAGGCCUCUCAUGUCUUCCUUUACUGUCUUUGGUGCCUCUGAUAUGAGAGGAGAAUGAAUCCAGGCCGGCCAGCAGGAGGAUGUGCAAUACAGGAAGCAGAGCCACAUCAUCCUAGGUGAAGUGACAGCCAUUCCUCUCUGCUUAGGCAGGUGUAGCUGUAGUUAGAAGAGCUGACAGAGCCAACUGUAAAGACAAGAGAGAUAUGUCAGGCUCGACCUAGUCAUGACAUGGUUAAUGAAUAUGCUCUUUAAUUCCAAGCUACAGUUUGACAAGAUACAAAAGUACCGCAAUAAAGCGGGGAGCUGAUGCAGGUGUUAUCUCUACCUGACACAAGUCAUGCUGUCUCAGAGCAGACAGAGCACAGAGCACAGGAUGGGAUGUUCCCAAUAUAGAGAUAACAACUACAAAGUAUAGCUUCUUCUCAGUGCAAAGCCAUCUGAUACUGUCCAUGCAUCCACCUGGACUGCUUCAUGGACUCAGAGUCACUCUUCUAUUCCUUCUCCACUGCGCUGCCCCUGGAUUCAUUCUUCUGUCCUAGAUUCAUUCUUCAAUUUUAGAUAUCGAGCAGGUUGAGAGUUAUAAUACUUCCCUUGUUUGGAUUAUUUUGUUUAUUUGGUGCCCUAUUGCAGUGGCACAUGCCUAUAAUCUCAGCACUUGGGAGGCUGAGGCAGGAAGAUCACUGUGAGUUUGAGGCCAGCCUGGACACAGUGAAUUCAAGGCCAGCCUGAACUACAUAGCAAGGCUUUGUCUCAAAAACCACAAAGAAGCAAACAGAAAGCCACACACCCACACAUUUUAUAUAUUUAUAUAUAUAUAUAUAUUUCUAUUUAUAUUUAUAUAUAUUUAUAUGUUUUUGUACAAUUAUUGUGUUAGGUUCACUUGUUUCAUGGCAAAAGCUAAGUGACCGCUACUCAGGAAGCUGAGCUUCAACCCCGAGGGUGUGGCAGGCUGGAGAUGUGCUGCCUAGGCCCCUUUGACAGAGAGCCUGGGUGAGGACCACAGUCAGCCAACAUGGUCUCAGCCAUGUCCAUCAUGCUUGAGCCCAUCUGUGCUGUCCCUGCAUAGUCCGAGCCAAUGCCUGGUCCUUCUAGGAGCUCCUGUAUAAUGAGAUUCUCCUUCUCCAUCCUCCACCUGUCCCCUCUCCCUUCGCAAAUGGCCUGCACUGUGGUCUGAGGCUUUCCCCUCCUCCUCCCUUUCCCUUUUAUUUCACAGGAAUUACUCCCAAGUCCUGAUUGAACUCAGAACCUUGAGUUUGCCAGGCAGGUGCUGUGCCGCUGAGCUACAUCCCCAGCCCUUGUUGUGAACUUGUGAUUCCCCUUUGGAAUCUGCUUCCCAGAAACUCAAAGGGACCCAAAAAGGGACUGAGCAGUGUACUGAGGGACAUGGUGCUUUCAUGGCUUCAUCCAGACGGACAGCAGCUUUUCUCUCCUGGAGACACACAGCAGAAACCCCUCCAGAGAAUGAGGAUCCAAGUGGAUGGUUUUUCCUGACAACUGAGACCACUGCUGAAGCACAGAGUGUUCAGGCUGCCCUCCCAAGGAGAAGGAACUGUACAGUGAUUCUCAUUCCCCUUCUAAGAUGGGAGGGGAAAAGAGCACACAGUUGGAAUUAAACCAAAGAAAGUUUC